AAUAUUAGGACACCGUAUGAAAUAUUCAGUUCUUUAUUAAGAAAUGUUCAAAUAUCAAUGUCUGAUCUUGUUUUUCUCUAUCUCUGGAAAAGAAAGUGAUUUAAUUGCAGGUAAACAACAACAUUUAACAUUGUUUUACUCAUUAAACCAAAUAUAUCAACAAAAAUGCGUAUUCUUACUGAGGAAAAAGUUAGGACACCCUACCACCUAACAGCUAGUGUUACUACCUUUGGCUGAAAUAACUUCAGUAAGACACUUUUUGUAGCCAUCUACCAGUCUUUGUCAUCGGUCUGUGAGCUGUGAGAUGUUUGAGGUUUUUUUUGCAUGUACACCCCGUUUCAAGUCACCCCACAGCAUCUCAUUAGGAUUAAGAUCUGGGCUUUGACUUGGCCAUGAUUCCAUGACUCUCCAUUUCUUCCUUUUCAGACAGUCCUUGGUGGGUUUACUGGUAUGUUUUGGGUCAUUUUCAUGUUGCAGGGUCCAGUGCCGCUUCAGCUUUAAUCUUUUCACAGCAUCCUCAAGCACCCUCUGAUAUAUGAUAAAUUUCAUGGUGGAUUCUAUGAUGGUGAGCGGGCCAGGUCCAGCUGUAGCAAAGCAUCCCCAAACCAUGACACUCCCACCUCCAUGCUUCACAGUUGGUAUGAUGUUCUUUUGCUGGAAUGCUCUAUUGGGUUUACACCAAACAUGCCCUCUGUUCUGGUGUCCAAAUAAUUCAAUUUUAGGUUCAUCUGUCCAAAGAACAUUAUUCCAGAAGUUCUGGUCUUUGUUUACAUUCACUCUGGCAAACUUCAGUCUGACCUUCAUGUUCCAAAAUACCAGCAACAGUGUGUAAAAAGCUUGUGAAGAGUUACAGAAAACGUUUGCCCUCCUUUAUUGCCAACAAAGGGUACAUAACAAAGUAUUGAGAUGAAAUUUUGGUAUUGACCAAAUACUUAUUUUCCACUAUGAUUUGCAAAUUAAUUCUUUAAAAAUCAAACAAUGUGGUUUUCUGUUUUUUUCCCCCCCCGACAUUCUGUCUCUCAUGGUUGAGGUUUACCCAUGUUGACAAUUACAGGCCUUUAAUAUUUUCAAGUGGGGGAACUUUCUACAUACUUAUUUGCCCCACUGUACAUAUAUAUAUAUUUAUACAGUAUUUAGAAAACCGGGGAGAACACAGAAAACUGGAAAGGAAUAAUAAUAUUCGGAAAACAAAAAAAAUUCUCAGAAAAACCGAGAAUUUAAUAGAAAAUACUGUAUAUUGAUAAAAAUACAACACCUUCUCAAAAUCACACCCUAGAGCUUUUUCCCCCUAAAGUGAAGAGUAGUUUUAGAGCUCCCUUAAUCCACCUGUUUCCUUCUGGCUACCACAAAAAAACCCCCAAUGCAUUUCCUGUCAUGUUGUUACAUAUAAUGUCCAGUAGGCGGCAUUAAAAGCAACAAACAGAUUUUUGACGCCCAAAUCUGAACAACCGUGCGAUUCUCCGAUUCAGUCUGGAGCACACAAUAAUAAGAACAUGUCUCCUUCUUCACCUCGCCUCUUUUCAAUGUACCGACGUCGAGGUUCGCUCGGCCUCUGGACGAGGACAAUCUUCCAGGCAAGGGCUGAAGUGGCCAAACUGAAGACCAUCGAUGACUUGUCCGGACCCACUUUAUCCAAAACUCUUUUCUGGUUGUUUGUCAAAGGCUACGCAGACAAGAGCCACUUGUUGCAGGGUCUUCAGAAGAAUCUGUACGGGCCCAUCUGGCGCUCCAAGUUUGGCCCGUUCGACCUGGUCAAUGUGGCGAGUCCUGAGCUCAUUGCCCAGGUGAUCCAUCAGGAAGGACGCUACCCUGUGCGGGCAUUGUUGCCACAUUGGAAGGAAUACAGGGACAUGAGAGGACAAGCCUAUGGCUUGCAUGUGGACAAAGGGCAAGAGUGGUACCGGAUCCGCAGCGCUCUGAACCCAAAGAUGCUGAAGCUCCAGGAAGUGUCUGCCUACGCUCCCGUCAUCCACCAGGUGGUGGAGGAUCUCCUGCAACGCAUCGAGUUCCUCCGCCGUCGUAGCCCAGACAAAGCUACCGUUUCCGACGUGGCUGCCGAGCUCUACAAAUUUGGCUUUGAAGGUAUUUCUUCCAUUCUGUUCGAGACCAGGCUGGGCUGCUUACAGGAGGACAUCCCUAAAGAAACGGAGCGCUUUAUCGCUGCCGUCAACGACAUGCUGACAGUGUCUGAGAUUGUUAUUAUAUUCCCACGCUGGACCCGCCGCAUCCUUCCUUUCUGGAAGCGCUUUGUUCGGGCCUGGGAUGACCUUUAUGACACAGCGCAGAUGCUCAUUGACAAGAGAUUGGUUGACAUCCAAACCCGGACGGAGCGAGGUGAGGUGACGGAGGGCUUAUACCUGACCUACCUGCUGUCAUCUGACAAGCUAACCCAGUCAGAGAUCUACAUAAGCGUAACAGAGCUGCUGCUGGGUGGAGUCGACACGACCUCCAACACGCUGUCAUGGGCGUUGUACCACUUGGCGAGAGACCCGCGGGCUCAGGAUCGACUGCAUAGUGAGGUGAAUGCCGUGUGUGCCCACAAACGUCAGCCUAGCAUGGAAGACCUUAAAGGAAUGCCCUACUUGAAGGCCGUCAUUAAAGAAACAUUACGCUUGUAUCCUGUUGUUCCUGGCAACGGGCGUUUUGUUACGGAAAAUGAGGUGAUCGUGGACAACUACUGGUUCCCAAAAAAGACUCAGUUCCAUUUGUGCCACUACGCCGUCAGUCGAGACCCGGCUCAAUUCCCCCAUGCUGACGCAUUUGUGCCCGAGCGAUGGCUUCGUGGUGACAGAGUGACACCAGGCUCUUUUCAGCACCAUCCGUACAGCUUCAUCCCCUUCGGCGUGGGUGUGCGAGCCUGUGUGGGGAAGAGAGUGGCCGAGAUGGAGAUGUACUUUGCACUGUGCAGGCUGGUGCAGCACUACGAGGUCCGUCCGGGAGACGACAGCACCCCCGUCGAGGCCAAAACGCGGACGCUGCUCAUCCCCGCAAAGCCCAUCAGCCUUCAUUUUCUGCACCGAGCAUGAGACGAAGCAUCAAUUGCGCAAAAUUUGAUACAUGGUGCAUAGAGAUGAUCACGCUUGAUACUAAGAUACUUUAUCUACAAAAUGAUUUCAUUCAAGUUGCCUAUAACUUUGUGAUUUCCGUUUAGGUUUAUUUAUUGCAUACUCUGUUAAUUUUCUCUACUACUCUACUAAUUCUAACCCAAACAAUUUUAUGUUGUGUUUGUUAGACUUUGGCAAAUAGACGCUAGACGACACUAAAAGUGAUAGAUUUUGAUUUUAUAUUUUGUUGGUUGAUUCUUUUCACUUUGUUGUUGACUACAGGAUAAAAACAUAACAUUCA